AAGUACCUUCCGAUUCCCCCAGCGUCAUGGCAGUAUGGGAAGACCCCUGGCACCGCAAAGAACGCGCGCGCGGACGCGUUCUCCGCCGCGCGACGAAAGCGCUUGCGGUCGCCGGCGGGGUGGCCAUGGUGAGCUGCAACGGAGAGGUGCUGGUGCCUCUGCUCAGCACCAAGGGCGGCUUCAAACUGUCGCAGCUUGGGGUUGGCACCUGGCAGUGGGGCAACAAGCUGCUGUGGGGCUAUGACACCAAGCAGGACGCCACGCUGAAAGACGUCUUCCAGACCUUCACCGCGAACGGCGCCAACUGGUUCGACACGGGCGACAGCUACGGCACCGGAGAGUUGGAGGGUCGUGCCGAAGAGCUGUUGGGUCAAUUCGUCAAAGAGGGCAGCGCCGACGUCCUCUUGGCUACAAAGUUGGCCGCCUACCCUUGGCGUUUGACUCCUGAGUCCAUGGUUGAGGCCGUGCGAGGCAGCUUGGGCCGCAUGGGCCGGGUGGAUAUCGCGCAGAUGCAUUGGAGCCCCAGGAGCUAUGGCUUCGGUUUCCAGGAAGACAUGUUGUUGGACGGCCUGUGUCGCUGCUACGACGCGGGGCUCUGUCGCGCUGUGGGGUUGUCCAACUUUGGACCCAAGAAUUUGCGCCGUGCGGCAGCGAUUUUCGAUGCACGCUCCGUGCCGCUGGUUCUGAACCAGGUUCAGUACUCCUUGCUGUCCGUGGAGAGAGAGUCGGGCGUGGCGGAAGUUUGCAAAGAGCUGGGCGUGCGGUUGGUGGCGUACAGCCCCUUGUGCUUGGGCCUAUUGGCUGGACGUUACAAGGAGGGUGCCAAGCCAGACAAUUUCCUGCGGUCCUUGCUGUUCACCUCUCUACUGUCGAACAAAGACACCCAGAACCUCCUCUCCUUGCUACAAGAGAUUGGCGCCACACGGAACAAGACGAUGGCGCAGGUGGCGCUGAACUUCGCGCUGACCGAGGGUCAGGGUGCUGCCAUCGUGGGCGCCCGCAAUGGACGUCAGGCGUUAGAGAACCUGAGCGCCUGCGGCUGGUCCUUGGAGGAGGGCGAGCUGAAGGCCCUCCAAGAAGCGGCCAAGAAGGCACCCAAGACGCAGAAAAACGCAUUCUUUUCCGAUUGACGUCGCGGUCCCUGCUAUGGGGGCACUGCGCCUGCGAAAA